AUGUAUUAUCUCUGCGCAUAUGCCAUUGUUCGUCUUGAAUCCGUCACUGUAAUGAGUAUUCUUCACGUGCAUAUCAUUAAAGGCAUCCGUUCGCCUGUGACGUAUGUGGCCGAACAUUCCAAAGAAAGGUGGACCGGAGGCGGCACAGGGAAACACAUCACCCCGGUCAGCUCGAGGAUAUCGACAGUGAGUCAUUAA